AUGUCGGAAACUUAUUACAACGAUUACUUUCUCGACGACCAAUACCAAUUCCUCGAUGGCGUCGAGCUCCAUUCUCCUAUCUACCCCGUCGACAAUCAUCAGACUGUUCAAGCUCCUCCUCAAGCCUUCCAUCAAUCCUCAGUCUUUAACCAAGGCUUCACUGGCACCAUGCAACCAGUUCAACACGUCCCUGCUCCUUUCGAGUUCCCCCCUCAUUACCAGAACUCUGUCUUGAAUGACUUCCCUGACCCAGCCUAUCCUUUGCACAUCAUUGACCAAGCUGGUCGAUUGCCCCGAAACGUUACGGCGGCACUUCUUCAAGGAGUCAAACGACGCAGAGAAUUCGACGAUGAAAUCCUUCAAGUCAUCGCUAGCGGCAUUGACACCAGUAAGGCUCUUGCCAUCUCCAUCGAACAAGAUCCAGAGGAUCUUGCCUUAUCGGAGUAUGAGUAUGACCCAGAGGAUUUUGCGUUCUCAGACAACGAAAGUGAAGCCGAGUCAGGACCAGCACCAGGACCAGCACCAAAGGAACCUGAAGCCCCUGUCAGACCCAUCAAGGUACCUGGGAAGAAAUGGAUUAAACCCAACGCGACAACACUAGGUAAAAAUAAGCGUAGCAAGAAUAUCCAGUCGAUGAACCCAUCCAGGUUCUACACUCCUCUCGCACAAGUACCUAGAAGUUGGGGAACGCCAAAUCGUGCCGGCGUACAUCCAUUCCAGUACACCAAGGAUGGAGAGUUAAAGCCACAUGUUCGCUACACGGUCAAUCAGAUACAAGAGUUCGUCUUCAACCAUCCGGGUCACACAGUCGAGGGACAAAGACACACCAAAAACUCUGGACUCACACUCUGGGUUCAAAGCGUCCCAUCCGAUUCUGCUGCACGCUACUCGCAUCAAAACUCUGACAAAUGCCGCUUCGAAGACUGCCCAGUCCGCAACGGCACCAUCCACAAGGGACACUACCGAGUCGCCUUCGAUGAGCAAUCAUCCGACCCAGUUGUCACCGACCCUUUCCACAACGCCGGACAUGUUCAUCUUUACUGCCUCGAAAGAUUCCUCGACUUUCCCUUCAUCUGUGCCAAUUUCAACGUUAGACCUGAUCAUCGUAUCCUCCCCGAGGGUCGAAACAAGAUGGCUAUCACACGAGAUCACCUCGAGAUGAAGAAAGUCGUCGGAAAGUUUAUCCGCCGCGCAGAGAGAGACCUCGCACACCAAAGUACUAUCGCCCCUCGCCAGAGAUAUAGCUACGAGAAUACCCUUAGCUAUGCUUUGACUGCAAAGGCCUUGGAGCUUGAACCCCGCAACCGUCAAAAGUUCCGGGACAAUCGUCCAAAUGCAAACUCCAUCGACAAGCACAUGAAUAACCUUGAACUUUUUGUUGCUGGUAGGGGCAAGCAAGUCCCAGGAAAUGCAUCGGAUUCCGAAGCUCCAAUCGCUAGACAACCCAGAAAGAAGAACAACAAGCGAAAGGCAGCCGAGAUUGACGAGAACGAAGAUGCUGAGUUUGAAAUCGAUGAGACGAUCUUAGAUGUUGACGGCAACACUAUCGUUGUUGACGACGUAGGACGCUCACCCCAGCUCAAGCCAAGCCCCAGGCCAGUCAGGAAAUCUCGGGAAGAGAUCAAGAGAAACGCAAGAAAGGCCAUCGCGAUCUCCAGCGAUAGCUCUAGCGACACCGACUCUGGCGAUGACAGCGAUGUCUCGGAUUGGGCCCGCCCAGCCAAGCGAAGUCGUUCCAGAAUUGGCAGCUCUACCAAGAAAACUGGUAAAGAUUAA